GGAGCGCCGUGGGGGGAGGGAGGGGAGGCCUCGAGCGAUUUAAUAAUUUCGAUUUAUCAUUUAAUUUGCCAUUUAAUUUAUCGUGACAGGGAAAUGCUACCACUGGGCUUCACACCCCCCCCAAGAAAAUAGCCAGGUUUUUUUGGGGGGGCACAGGGGGGGCAACCCCCCCCCAAAUGCUCAGUUUUGUCCCGGUUUUCAAUGGUUUUGCCCCGUUUUGGCAGCGUGGAGGUGCAGGCUUAGGAAGCUUUACCUCAGCAAAGGGAGGGAACGGCCACAACCCGGGCUGUUCCUGCCAUGGGCUCUGGCCCCAUCGACCCCAAGGAGCUCCUCAAGGGCCUCGACUGCUUCCUGGGCCGGGAUGGAGAGGUCAAGACCAUGGAUGGCAUCUCCAAAAUCUUCAGCCUGAUGAAGGACUCCCAGAAGAUGGUGAGUCGCUGCAUCUACCUGAACAUCCUGCUGCAGACCCGCGCCCAGGACAUCCUCAACAAGUUCAUCAGGAUUGGGGGGUACAAGCUGCUCAACACGUGGCUCACGGGCUCCAAGGCCUCCAACAACGUCCCGUUCCUGCAGCAGAUCCUGCUCACGCUGCAGCACCUCCCGCUCACCGUCGACCACCUCAAGCAGAACAACACAGCCAAGCUGGUGAAGCAGCUCAGCAAGUCCAGUGAUGAUGAGGAGCUUCGCCGCCUCGCCUCCAUCCUGGUCAGCGACUGGAUGGGUGUGAUCCGUUCCCAGAGCAGCUCCCAGCCCACAGAACGGGACAAAAAGAAGCGGAAAGAGGAAAACAAAAGCAAAACCCCCGUCCAGGAGAAGCCCCAGGAGGCCAAAAACGAGGCCAAGAAUGAGGAGGUGCCGGAAAAAAAGAGGGAAAAGCCCAAAUCCCUUCGGACCACGGCCCCCAGCCACGCCAAGUUCCGCUCCACAGGGCUGGAGCUGGAGACGCCGUCGCUGGCGCCGGUGAAGAAACUCAACUCGGGGGUCUCCGACAAGUACAACCUGAAACCCGUCCCCGUCAAGAGGCAGAAUGCCCCCUCAGGCCCCGGGGAGGCCCCUCUGGCAGAGAAGAAAUACAAACCCCUGAACACGGCGCCCAACGCGGCCAAGGAGAUCAAAGUGAAGAUCAUCCCCCCCCAGCCCAUGGAAGGUCUCGGGUUCCUGGACGCCCUGAACUCGGCGCCCGUCCCGGGCAUCAAGAUCAAGAAGAAGAAGAAAGUUCUGUCCCCAACAGCAGCCAAGCCCAGCCCCUUCGAGGGGAAGCCGCCCCCCGAGCCCAGCACGGCCAAACCCUCGUCCCCGGAGCCGGCGGCGGCCGAGCCCAUGGACACGGAGCGGCCCGGGACGCCCGUGCCCGCCGUCGAGGUGCCCGAGCCCAUGGACACAGGCUCGGCAGAGGCCGGGGGUGACCCCAAGGGCCCCGAUGCCCCCUCGGAGGGGGGUCCGGCCCCGCGCCGGCCCCGCAAGAAGAAGACGGUGUCGUGGCCGGACGAGGCCCGGCUGAGGGAGUAUUUCUACUUCGAGCUGGAUGAGACCGAGCGCGUGAAUGUGAACAAGAUCAAGGACUUUGGGGAGGCGGCCAAGCGGGAGAUGCUGAAGGACCGUCACGCCUUCGAGACGGCGCGGCGCCUCAGCCACGACUCCAUGGAGGAGAAGGUGCCCUGGGCCUACCCCAAGGCCCUGGACCUGCCGGCCCCGCUCGUUGUGCCGGGCAGCGGCAGCCGCGAGCGCUUCACGCAGGCCGAGCGCGUCAAGGGCAUCCUGCAGGAGAUCUUCCUCUCCAAGGAGAGCAUUCCCGACAGCCCCCACGAGCCCGACCCGGAAUCCUACGAGCCACUUCCCCCCAAACUGAUCCCCAUGGACGAGGACUGCUCUGGUGAGGAUGGGGCCUAUCCCGAGGGGCUGGAUCCCGGGAAUGCCGCGGCCUCUCCGGACCCCGGGGCGGGGGCGAAGCUGCCGCCGGUGUUGGCCAACCUGAUGGGGAGUGUGGGGGCUGGCAAAGGCCCCCCAGGACCCCCCCCCAACGCCCCCAUCAACAUGCAGGAGAUCCUCACCUCCAUCAUGGGCGGUCCCAGCGGGCACAAGGCCGAGGAGCUGCUCAAACAACCCGAUUAUUCGGAUAAAAUCAAACACCUGCUGGGAAACCUGCAGGCCCAGCCCCCGGGGGGGCCCGGCGGAGGUGAGGGGACACCUGGGGACAGGGGGGGACACAACAGGGAACCCCCUCUGUGAGCAGCUGGAAGGGCCUGAGGGAGGUGGAGGCUUGGGGACACCUUGGGGACACUGUCACCAGCCCCAGGGGUGACUUAGGG